UAGCUCUUUCGCCACCUUCCACGCACUCACUAUCAGGCUAUCCCCCUCCCUUGACCGUCCUCUGCGGCUUGUGAAGCAGUGGGUCAAACAACGACGCUAACGCUGGAGCUGUAAAAUUAACAACGGGGGCUCCCGUUUAAAGCGCAGCAGCAAGCUGACCAGACAGCGCAGUGUGAUCACUUGCUACUCCCUCUGAAACGACUUUCUGUUUCGGAGAAGUGCAAAUUGAUAUCCCAAAAAACCACUGCCGCCGCCGCACAUCCACCAAAACAUCAUCCCAAAUCAAAGCAAAAUGGUGCAAAAUAAGAUCACCGAGGUCACUGGAUUCCACCGCUCUUUCAGGGGCCAAAAUCCAUUUGAAUCGGACGACUUCACUAAAAAUGGAUCCCAUCUCAUUGAUUCGUCAUUUAAUUUUGAUUCCUCCCCAAGACAUGACAUACCUUCCAGCCAGCCUAUCGACAUCCCAGAUGCCAAGAAGAGAAACAAGAAGAAAAAGCGUUGCCGGGCAACUGACAGUUUCUCUGGACGAUUUGAGGAUGUCUACGGACUGCAGGAAGAGGUACUAGGAGAGGGCGCUUAUGCCAGAGUGCAAACAUGCAUCAACCUCAUCACCAAUAAAGAGUAUGCUGUCAAGAUCAUUGAGAAAAGACCGGGUCACAGCCGCAGCCGUGUCUUCCGUGAGGUUGAGAUGCUCUAUCAAUGCCAGGGCCACAGUAACAUCCUGGAGCUGGUGGAGUUCUUUGAAGAGGAAGACAAAUUCUACCUGGUGUUUGAAAAGCUUAGAGGAGGGUCUAUCUUGGCACAAAUUCACAAGAGACGGCACUUCAGUGAGCAGGAAGCAAGUGUUGUCGUGCAGGACAUCGCCAGCGCUCUAAAUUUCCUGCAUAACAAGGGAAUGGCACAUAGAGACCUGAAACCUGAAAACAUCCUCUGUAAGAGUGCAGACAAGAUUUCCCCGGUCAAGAUCUGUGACUUUGACUUGGGCAGUGGGAUCAAGCUAAACAGCGACAGCUCACCCAUUUCCACCCCUGAGCUCCUCACUCCUUGUGGCUCAGCAGAGUACAUGGCACCUGAGGUGGUUGAGGCCUUCAGUGAGGAAGCCACAAUUUAUGACAAGCGCUGUGACCUGUGGAGCCUUGGAGUCAUCCUUUACAUCAUGCUGAGUGGCUACCCACCUUUCGUAGGCCGAUGUGGAGGGGACUGUGGCUGGGAAUUAGGGGAACCCUGCCACACCUGCCAGAACACUUUGUUUGAGAGCAUCCAGGAAGGAAAAUAUGAGUUUCCAGAGAAAGACUGGGCUCUCAUCUCCUUAAGUGCCAAAGACCUAAUAUCCAAACUUCUGGUUCGGGACGCCAAAAACCGCCUGAGUGCCAGCCAGGUGCUGCAGCACCCCUGGGUGCAGGGGGGUGCAUCUGACACUUUGCCAACAUCCAUCCUGCAUCAAAGAGCCAGCAAUGCCAGGGAUCUGACAUUCUUUGCUGACAAAGCCAUGGCUGUCAACCGGCAGCUGGCCGAACAGGAUGGCAUGGAAGACCAGCAGCAGCAGGAAGUCCCAUUUGUUGUUACCGCUACUGGCUCUUCUAUGCACCUCUCUCCUCCUUCCAACUCCAAGCUGGCCAGGCGCAGGCAGCAAAACAGCCAGCUCAAGGGAGGGCCUGUCUCUGCUGCAGAGCUUUGUCAGCUCUUGGCUCCUCUCGUUAUUGUAGGAGACUGUGCCUGAACUUUGUCAACCCUGACCUCCGACCUUCCGUUUAGAUUUAAAUCCAGAUCUACUCUGAGACUCUUUAUUCACCAUUCUGGCCCCUCUCUCUGACUUAGCUGGCCUUGGUUCCUCUGCUAUUCAGGCGUUCUUGCCUCGCUGUAAAAGGAGAUGCUGCUUGCAGCCCUUCCUCUAAAUGCCUUCUGCCCUUCUGCAGCACUUCUGAAGCACAUCAGCCCAGGGCCUGCAAAUGGCAAACACACGUGCAUGUACAGGUCGGGGAGAAGGUCCAGUUAAUGAUUUGGGAGAGAGAAGUAUUUUCUUUUCUUUUCUUUUUUUUUUUUUCUCCUUUUUCAUAAAACUCAGUUCAGAAGAAAGCAGAACACUUAUCUUCGAAAUUAAGCUCCGACACCAAAGGACAACCUGUUGUGCUGCUCCCACGUUACAACUGGAUCCACUGUGAAUUAAGUUAUCUGGAAUGUUCUUUGCCUGUAUGUAUAUGCAUGAAUGGCCCAUCUGCAGAUACGUACGGGCUUAUGCAAAAUGCCAAGAUGAAGGCUGUUCCUGUCUCGAAGGGAUUCAGCAUAAGGGGUUGGAAGGGCUGUAAGCCAAUGCUGUCCGUGCCUGGUGCGGUUCAUUAAUAUGGCUGGGGACUUCAAAGAUUCUUUUUGUCUCCAUUUUAAGAUAAAUUUCUCAACCCUGAGCCUCCUCUGUCCAUGUCUGAGAUUAAACAUACACUCAUCUAGCUUGGUGGCCAUGCACUUAUUGCUCAUGGAAUGGAGCAAAGAAUGUUUGUCUGUACCCAGCCAGCCAUGACUUACUGUUGUACCGAUUAUUCAGUUUAUUACACCACCAUUUAUACCAAAUUAUCAGUGGCAACACUUUCAGUGUUUGAGACCAUCAGGCAAGUCUAAUAGUAUUGAUUUAAACCAUUUGAAUUAGUUUAUGAUACAUGGCCCCCCCCAAAAUAAAAUUUCUGAGCUAGCUCUGCAGUAUAUCUGGUAUGUUGGUACAAGCCAAUUAUGUUAAAUGGCUAGGCAAGUGAAACAGGGUCAGUGUUACUUUAAUUGUUAAUAAUUCAUGACUUGUCCCCUUGCCACAACCAGAACUUUUUUUUUUUUUUUUUAAUUUUUGUUUCUACAUAUGAUUUAAUGCAUUAUAUUGAACCUUGAAUAUUUUGGCAGUAAAGGUUAGACCUCCUAUGAGGGGUUUGAAAAGCACAUUUUGGCAAAUGUGACUUGAGUGUCAUUUGUUGAUCGAAUACAUUUAUUUGGUCCAUUCCCCCCCAAAGGUUCACCAUUGUCUUGUUUUAUGAGACACCCCUUUCAAAAUGACCUUACCAACUAAGAGGCAGAUGGUAUUUUUCAAAAAAGAAACAAAAAAGGAAAAACAUUCCACAAAAAGAAAAACAACAAAAAAAGUCUUCCACUGACGUGUAGCUGUAUUAAGUUUACUUUAUUUUUCAUGUUUGAAAACUCCAUGUCAGUGCCACACUGAUCUCCCCCUCCCCCACUUUUUUUUUUUUUUUUUUGUAUGGCUGUUAAUAAGCUUAUUUUCUAUAUGGUGAUUUCCAUGCAGGUGCUGUUCAGUUCAGGUGAAACACCGGAUGUUUUCCUUGUUUUGUGUUUUUAGAAGUUCAGCGUAUUGAGAUGGAAAGUUUGUUUAGUUGAUCUGGAGCGUUCAUGCCCAGUGAAGUUAAUUUUUUUUGUGUGUGUGUGUAAGAGUUGGCAAUUUUUUAUUUUAUUUUUUUCUUUAAUUCAGAUUAAGUUAAAGCUCACUCUAAAACUAACAGGUAAUGGACUGGUGAUGACGUCUCACAACACUGUAGCCAUUUCACCAAAGAGGGUUCAAGUCAUGACAAUGAACAUGUAUCACCUUAGCAGCCAGAAGUGAGGGAUUCUGAUUGUCCAUGUCCUGUUGCCAGCAUUUCAGUGACGGUACUCUGGAAAUGGCUCUGUUGGUGUCAUUAUGCUGAUAAUAGGACACUGUAAUAGUUUAAAAAAAAAAAAAACUUUAUACAGAUGAAUCGUUAAGGGGUUCUAUGUCUUAUAAUAAGACUUACUUGAAUUUGUGUAUGCAGCAGUUUCUUCUCCAUUUGGGAAAACUACUUAUCGGUAAUCUCAAAGCAUUAAGCUGAUGAUCAAGGCAAUCUUGGGGUUUUGAAAAUACCUAUACAGUUCAGUAUUCUGCCUUUUUAAUUUUUUUUUCUCCCUUUUGAGCAUCUGAGUUGGUCCCUACUUUUUGACAGGGGUUGGAUACUCAAACGCACAGAUUUUGGCCAUUCUCUGUAAUCUCCUGAAUGGUAUAAGUUUUCUUGGUCAUGACCAUUUCUACUUUUGUCAAAUGGCGGUAGCUUUUCGGACUGCCUUUUAUGGGGGGGGAAGAAUAAGCCCCCCAAUUUUUAUAUUGUAAUUCAUUUUGAAGUAAGGAAGUGUUAAAACCAUUCAUUCAAAUGGACAGUCCAUCAACCUCCCCACAAUUUGAAUGUAGCCCACUGGCAAAAGCAUUUACAAUCCAGCAACCUUGAUCAAAUGUUUUAUAAAUGGUUCAUUUCAUGGACAUGGUUAUUUUGUCAACAUUUAUUCAGUCCUCCAGCAUUCUUUCUUGGGAGUUGACCCCUGAUUAACACUGGCUGAAUCCCACCAAGCCCAUCAUGUUCAUGGGAAGAAAUUUAAAAUGCAUACAUCCUUUUUUAAAAUACAAAAAUAUUUUGAUUUAAAAUAAGCACUUUACUGUACCAUGUGAAUGAUUGCAGUUCACUCAAAGCAACAUUUAUGACCGUUGCUAUGGAAUUUUGUAUGUUUUUCUAAAAAAAAAAAAAUGCAAUAAAAUGCUUUGAACAACA